AUGGAGACUGAGAAUUCGAUCGAGCGCGCCAUCGCCGCCGCGGAGCGCGACGCCGCUGAGAGCAACCGCGCAUCAACCGCGGCUGCGCAGCGAGUGGAACAGCGGGCUCAGCAGCGGACUCUAUUCGCCCUUCCUGGCGCUCACAUCUUGGCGCCGCCGCAGCGCGCGAGCAAGAGCCAGCGGCCUGUUUACGCAAGUGAGAGCAAGAGCCAGUGGGUGACAUUUGUUGCACAGCUUCCGCACAUCCUGGUGGCCGCUGCGAUCGGGGUCGCCGCCGUGUUGGAACGCCUCUGCUCGACGGUCCCCGUCGCACCAAGUGCUGGUGUGCUGGACAGCGCCGACACCUCAUGGAUGUUGGUGAGCACGAUGGGCGUCUUGCUGAUGGUGCCCGCGCUCGGCCUCUUCGAGGCGGGCCUGCUCCGCGCCAAGAACUCGGUCUCCGUGCUGAUCCAGUGCUUUGCUGGCGUCGCCGUCCUCACCGUGCUCUGGUUCGUGAUCGGAUUCUCUCUCUGCUUCUCGCAAGGCAUGUUUGCCGCCAUCACCCCGCUGCUGUGCACGGGCGCCUUUGCGGAGCGGCUUCGCUUUGAGGCUUUCCUCGGCUUCAUUGUCGGCUGGCGCGCACACAUCCGCGCUCCUCUCUCCGUCACCCUUGGUCUCCAGCACACGGCCGCCACCAUCCCGGCAGGACGCUCCUCGUCUACUACCCGCUCUGCCACUGG